AUGCAGAACCCCGCCAAGGUACCGCCCCAAGCGGAGUCCGAUCCGGACGCCAAGUCAAGAUCUCAACCUGGCCAAGUCCGCUUCUCCUCUGUCAACCAGGAGAUUGAGCCCUCCUCAAUGCUUUCCCCGGUAUCCGAGCAAUCCUUGCCGGACUCUCACCACCAGGAAUUUCGCCAACAGGAUCCACACGAAGAGGAUAUGCGAUCCUUGGCUAUGAGCUUGCAGAGUACUCAGCUUCAAGAAUCCCGACUCCGCAACUUCUCAUUUGAACCAAUGUCACUUCCUUCAUCUAGGGUCGCAUCUCGAGACUCGAGUGAUCGCAGUGCGCGUGAAGGCAAUGGCUCUUACAUAGCUUCCCCUCACAUUUCUCCUCCCGUCUCUGCUGUACAAUCACCUCCCCUGACCCCCGCUGUCACCCAAUCUCGUGAUGGCCGGUCCGCUGAAACAACCUCCGUUCUGGGAUCACUUGGCCGGGGCGAUACUCAGGCCAUGACCCCCGAAACAUCACCUCCGGUCACUUCCGGCGAUGUUCAUACCAUUCGAUCUACGACUACUUCCCGACCCUCUACCGAUCGUAUCGUCACCACUCAAAGCGGCACUUCGGAGCCCGCACCCCACAGCACCCUGCCGAAACAUCGUGCUCAAUUCUUCAUUGGCACUGAUGUAAGCUCACAAGAAGAGAGCCCGCCCCCUACUCCCCGGGAAUCUCAUACCCCGCCAGGUACAAUCACCCCGGUGGGCGAGCCGAAUGAUCCAUACGCCCGCAGCAAGCGUCCACCACCAACCAAGAAUUUGGGUCAGUUGGAUCCACGAUUCAUCUUCAGUAGUCGAGAUACCAAGCGAUCGUUCCGUCCAGGAACCCCUCGAUCGGCCAGCGCCAGCGAUGUCACCAAGACCGGAAGCGAGAAGCGGAGUGUGUUCCACAAAGAUAAAAGCGAAUCCAAGCACGGCUUCAGCCUGGGCCAUGGGCAUCAUGGCUCUAUGUCCGAAUUGAAGCGGUUUUUCAAGAUUGGCCACCGCAAUAAGCGCCCGGACUCUCCAACAUCGGCCGCGAAGCGAUCAAGCCGAGGAUCUGGAAAGAGCACUCCUUACCAAAUGGCCCCCGACAAUGUUCCCUUUGCCGAUGAUCAUGGUUUGAAUUCCAAAUACGGCAAAAUGGGUAGAGUCCUUGGAUCGGGAGCAGGUGGCUCGGUUCGACUGCUGAAGCGCAAUAGUGACGGAGUCACCUUUGCCGUAAAACAAUUCCGAGAGCGUCACAGCUGGGAAAGCUACAAGGAGUAUUCAAAGAAGGUCACGGCAGAGUUCUGUAUCGGAUCGACCUUGCAUCACGGCAAUAUCAUCGAGACCCUCGAUAUCAUCCAGGAAGGCCCCAACUGGUACGAGGUGAUGGAGUAUGCGCCGUUUGAUCUCUUUGCAAUUGUUAUGACCGGCAAAAUGAUGAAGGAGGAGAUUGCUUGUUCAUUCAAACAAAUUCUCAGCGGCGUUGCGUACCUCCAUGGAAUGGGCUUGGCUCAUCGAGAUUUGAAGUUGGACAACGUGGUGGUCAAUGAUCGCGGCAUCAUGAAGUUGAUCGAUUUUGGCAGUGCGGUUGUCUUCCGUUAUCCUUUCGAGAAUGACAUUGUUCCAGCUUCAGGUAUUGUUGGGUCGGAUCCAUACCUGGCUCCUGAGGUUUACGACGAGAAGAAAUAUGACCCCCGCCCCACGGAUGUUUGGUCGCUGGCGAUCAUCUUCUGUUGUAUGACUUUGCGACGCUUCCCGUGGAAGCAACCGCGCAGCAGCGACAAUUCCUACCGCCUGUUUAUUGCUCCUCCAACGCCUGGCACUCCAGUCCCCGACUCCGAUCCCCGACGUGCUCCCCGGCCCAAGUCAUCUCCUGACCUACCUUCUUCCGCCGAUGAACAGAGACAACCUCCGUCCUCUGACCCUUCGACUCACUCUGGAUCUGCCACCAAAUCGAACGUCCCACCGGUUCCUGAACAGAAUGGAACCAAGCCCGGCUCCUCGAUCAAGGAAGGCGAUCGGCCGGCUGAAAACCCUACUCAAAAACAAACAAGCCGGGCUAGCACUAGCACUGAAAAGACCCAGACGACCAGCAAGGAGGCUCCACCUCUUCCGGCCUCUGCUCAGCAAGCUGCUCAGCGCCAAGAAGUUAUCAAAGGCCCUUGGCGCCUUCUCCGUAUCUUGCCGCGGGAAAGUCGGUUUAUCAUUAGCCGCAUGUUGAAGGUCGAUCCGAGGGAGCGAGCAACCCUUGACGAGGUUCUUGCUGAUGAUUGGGUUCGCGGUAUCCUAGCAUGCGAGCAGGACGGGACGGGUGAAAUCAUCAACGUCUCCAAUCACACUCACGUUCUCGAGCCUCCCUCACAAAGUCCUGCCGUGGCCAGCAAAGCUACCAAGGCCAAAUGA